CCGCCUUCUCUCGCAAUGAUGUCGUGGAACCAGUCCCCCUAGAUAGGUUCCUACGCAUGCAAUUGGGCCGCGCUGCAAUAUGGCACGCGCCAAUCCAAUGGGCAGAGAGCACUUCCUCUGCCUAUGCCCAUCUCUCGCUCACUCUCUUUUCCCGGAGUGGCUGUGAACCUUUGUCUGCAUCCCGCUGGCUAGAUGCAGAAGGUCUGUCAGCUGACCUCAGUCACUUUACUUGCAGCAGGACAAGGACGCUGCGGCCUGGGAUGGGUGACACCCCCAAUGUGAUUAAUAAGAGCGCAGGAUAUAAUGAGGGAAUAUUGACGCCGCCCUGCCGCCGUCGGUCGCGAGCCUUGGCGUUUCUCCGUCCGAAGCCAUGAUGCCGCAUCAACAAUGUCAGAUCAUGAGGAUAUGGGGCAGAAUUGCCGUAGCACGACACAACUGCUGGGUCCACAGCGAGAGAGCAAGGGUGGCUGCUAA